AUGGACACACAAGAGGCGAAGAAAAGACUGUUUGGGAAAUGGCUUUUAGUUUGCCGUUUUGCGUUGUUGGCUUGCUUCUUGGAUGCAGUCCGGGGACAGCUGCGCUACUCAAUCCCUGAGGAACUGGAACAUGGAGCGUUUGUGGGCAAUAUUGCAGAGGACCUGGGCUUGGAUUUGGACAAGCUCUCUGCGCGCAGGUUCCGGAUAGUCUCAGGUGCCAAGAAGCAAUAUGUGGAGGUCAAUUUGGAAAACGGAGUUGUAUUUGUCAAUGAAAGAAUUGACCGUGAAGAACUAUGCGAGCAGAGUUUGUCCUGUUCUUUUCACUUGCAAGUGGUCAUAGAAAACCCUCUAGAGCUGUACAGGGUGGAGAUGGAGAUUCUGGACGUGAACGACAACUCUCCUAGUUUCCCGUGGACCGAGUUUAAUCUGGACAUAUCGGAGUCCGCUGCGCCAGGAUCCCGUUUCCCACUUGAGAGCGCGCAGGAUUUAGACGUCGGAUCCAACUCACUCCGCACCUAUUUGUUAAGUGUAAAUGAGCAUUUCCUUUUGGAUAUACAAACGCGCAGUGAUGGCAGCAAAUUUGCAGAGCUGGUCCUACAAAACCAACUGGACAGAGAGCAGCAGAGUACGCACCAAAUGGUCCUAACGGCGGUGGAUGGAGGCGCUCCGGAGAGAUCCGGGACUGCGCAAAUUGAUAUCACCGUUUUGGAUGCAAAUGAUAACGCGCCCGUGUUUGAUCAGUCGUUUUACAGAGUGAGGCUUGCUGAAAACGCACCUAAAGGAACAGUUGUCAUAAAACUCAAUGCGUCCGAUUUAGACGAGGGUCCCAAUGCUGACAUCACCUACUCCUUCAGUGGCCACGCUCCCAUCAAAGUGCGCCAGCUCUUCAGCGUAGACUCGCGCACAGGGGAAAUCAAAGUCAAAGGAGUGAUAGACUAUGAAAAAGCCAGGAUGCAUGAAAUUUAUGUUCAGGCUAAAGACAAGGGCCCCUCCGCUGUGGCAGUUCACUGUAAAGUGCUGGUGAACGUUUUGGAUACGAACGACAACCUCCCAGAGGUGAUCCUGACAUCAGUGUCUACACCUGUGCAGGAGGACGCGCCCCCGGGAACGGUGAUAGCCGUCAUCAGCGUAAUGGACGAAGACUCGGGUGAAAACGGGAAUGUGGACUGCGAGAUCCCCCAUCACGUCCCAUUCCAGCUCCACUCAUCCUUUAAGAACUACUAUACAUUAGUUACUUGUGAUGUUUUGGACAGAGAGGCAGUCGCAGAGUACAACAUCACCCUUACCGCCCGAGACAUGGGCUCCCCACCUUUAUUCACUAGGAAAACUAUUUUGGUCCAAGUGUCUGAUGUGAAUGAUAACGCGCCUCACUUCAAACAGCCUUCCUAUACUGUGUAUUUGACUGAGAAUAAUGCGCCGGGAGCAUCUAUGUGCUCGGUGACCGCACUGGAUCCAGAUUCUGGUCAAAAUGCAUAUCUCUCCUAUUCCUUACUGGACGGUGACGUACAGGGAAUGCCCGUGUCCACAUACGUCUCCAUAAACUCGGACAACGGGAACAUUUACGCGCUGCGAUCCUUUGACCACGAACAACUUAAAAACUUUCAGAUCACAGUGCGAGCUCAAGACGCCGGUUUCCCGCCUCUGAACAACAACGUUUCAGUGAACAUAUUCAUUUUGGACCAGAACGACAAUGCGCCUGUAAUUGUGUCACCUGUGCCGCAAAACGGCACAGCACCCAACGAACCAGUGCCCAGAUCGGUGGACGCCGGCUACCUUGUCACCAGAGUCAGCGCGGUUGACGCGGACGCAGGUCAAAACUCGCGACUUUUUUAUCAGAUGCUCCAAGCGACAGACCCGAGCUUGUUCAGCAUUGCUCUGUACACAGGCGAAAUCAGAACAAUACGCCACUUGGUGGAGAAAGACCCCACGAGGCACCGAUUGGUCAUUCUCGUGAAGGACAAUGGUCAGCCACCCCUCUCGGCCACUGUUUCCAUCAUUCUGUCAGUGGUUGACAGCCUGCCAGAUUCGCCGCCCGAUUUGGGUGACAUGUCACUAAGCCCGCAUCACAGCUCCAACUUCACCCUGUACUUAAUCGUGUCUCUGGGCGCAGUCUCCUUCACAUUUCUUGUGGCUAUUAUUGUCAUGGUUGCGGUGCGGAGACUGAAGGGCAGAGCGUCCAGCGGAGAGUCCAACCUCCCCACCACUCUCGGCUGUUGUUGCUGCUGCUCCAGCUCUGAAGCCUCAGACAGCUCAGAGGUGUUCAAAAAGUCCAACUUAAACGUGUGUAUGUCCACAGGCGCGUCCGGCUGCGCAGAGGCAACAAACGGCAACGGCGCACUUCCUCAGGUCUAUUGCUACAAAAUGUGUCUGACACCGGAAUCGUCCAAAAGUGACUUUAUGUUCCUCAAGCCGUGCAGUCCCGUGAUGUCAGUUCAGCAGAAUAACGCCAAGAGCACAGAUUACCUCACUUCAGGCUGGAGCGCGCUGGACCGCAACGACCUGGCCAACAACAGAGCAGCAACCCCAAACGAGCUUAAGUAUUCAAACAAGGACUGGACCUGGACCAAGAACCAACGCAACUUAGCAUACAAGAGGUAUAGCUCAGCCAAUAUGGAGGGCACUCUUACUCGGGAAGAAAAAUAUGAAGCCAAUGGGUUUUCCUGCUCUGUGGCACCACAGUACUGGACUUGGGGAAACCAUAUGAAUGACUGCAAGAUUUCUUUUCAAGAGGGAGCAGUUCCGCACUACUCAUGGACCCCCAAGUACACUCAGCCUCAUUCUAAAGCACCAGACUACCAGCAUAAUGUGUACAUACCUGGCACCACGUCUGACUACAGCACUCUGAAGCUGGCACCCAGAGGAGAACUGGAUGUGUACAACACUUUCUCUACGUUUGGGAAAAAAAAGAGAUUCACGUCAAACUAUGAACAAGCUUUUGACAACAAUGAUGGUCUCAUCGUAAGUAAUGACAUGUUCAAAUGAUACAUAAACUACACUGUAUAUUCUGUUUAUAAUAGAAGCCAUUAACUAGUUCCAUUCAAAUUCUAAUUUGCUUCUUGGAGGCUGACAGA